AUGGCGGACGAUGCAUCGAGUAGUAGCGCUUGCACCGGCAAUUUAAUAGAUAACUCAAUAAAUCAAGAUGAGUUGAUCAUGAAGCAGCAGCGAGAGAUUGAAAAAGAGAUAUCUGAUGCGAUACCGCUCGUUGGCGAACUCGAGGCAUUGUCGUCAUUAGAAAAAGAAUACAACGAAGAUCCUGUAUACCUUUUAAAAGUUAAAGACUUGUCCUCUAAAUACAAGAAUAUUAGGCGUACUCGUCCUGACGGCAACUGUUUCUUUCGUGCGUUUUCUUAUGCGUAUUUAGAACAUCUAUUGACGAAUAAAAGUGAAUAUGAGAAAUUUUAUGAAAUAGCUAAAAAUUCGAAGGAGAUUCUAGUUGCACUAGGGUUCUCGCAGUUCACAGUCGAAGACUUCUAUGAAACGUUUAUGGAAGUGGUGCAGAGAGUAGGCGAACAAUCAGGAGGUUCGCCAGAAUCACUAGACUCCAUCAGAGCAGAGCUUCACGAUAAGUUCAAUAAGCAAGGCUACUCUGAUUACAUAGUGGUGUACCUCCGUCUUGUCACAUCAGGACAACUUCAGACUGAGCAGGACUUCUACCAGAAUUUCAUUGAAGGUCCUCGUACAGUCACUGAGUUUUGCAGACAGGAAGUUGAGCCUAUGUACAAGGAGUCUGACCACAUUCACAUAAUAGCCCUGAGCAAUGCACUCAACGUUGGCGUCAGAGUCAAAUAUAUGGACCGUGGAGAGGGCAGUCAGGUGAUGGCGCACGACUUCCCAGAAGGUUCUACGCCAAUAGUGCAUCUGUUGUACCGUCCCGGCCACUAUGACAUUCUGUACGCGUGA